UCAGGCAGAGGAGGACAGCCGGGGAGAGAGACCCCUACCAAGGAAAACUACUGUCUGAUGCCCUGCUGCACUCUACCUGCAGCCAGUGGGUACAAGGAACGUAGAAUGAAACUGGUGUGUGCCUCUUUAGCCUGCUUGCUGCUGCUGUGCCUGGCCAUACCGGAGACCCAAAGCAGAGUGCUGCAGCCCUCCAUAGACAUUAGAAGUCUGUUCCCUAAAAUGGCAUCGGCAGCACAUAGGAGAAGCGAUCCAGACAUUGACCCAUCAUGGUACACUGGCCGUGGUAUCCGCCCAGUGGGCCGUUUCGGUAGGAGGGGCACCGCCUGGGGAGACGCCCAGAACGCCGUUUAUAGACCCUUGGGACAGACAUGUGUCCCAAUAGAAGACAGCUUUGAGAUAAAUGAUGACAACUAAAACCAAAUUCAGCGCGCCGAGGUGUCCAAUCAUCUUUUAGCUGUGUGCUGUAUACAUACAGGGGGUGGGCAGCCCUUUAACAGCCUCAUUGCCGGUAUGGAGCGUCUAGCAGAGUGCAUGCACGUUAGCAACAUAUCUCCAUGACAUUGGGAAGGUCACACAUUCUGGAAUUCAUGUGAAACAAAAAAAAACAUUUAAUCCAAAAAUAAAAUUCUAUUUGGAACUGUUAUGAAAAAACAAAAACGAAAAAAAAAAAAAAAAAAAAACGGAACACAGGGAAAAUGGAUAUAACCCGUAGCAACCGAUGUGACAGUUACAUUAAUUUUCUAACCUGUGUUAUGAAAAAUAAAUCUUAAAGUAUCUGCUGUAGUCUUGAAUUCUAACCAUAUUCUUGUACUCGGGCAUAAAAUGCGGGGCACAAGCAUAGCUAAGAUAGACAUUUGGCAUAUGUAUGUAAUAAACCAACAAACAGUGAUCGCCUGCAUUAAAAAGGGCUUUGUGCAGAUUUUCGCAACUCAUUAAAGUCCAGAAGAUUACCAAAUGCCCAAUAUGUACGCAGACAUCACUCACAUUAAUAAAUAUGUCUUUAUUGUAAUAUUCUCCCUAGGUACCCCUUGGGUAGUCAGGUAGAUGAGUGAUGGGAACUUUAUAACUUAUAAUUAUAUAGUGCAGGCAUAUUUUGUUGCACUUUACAAUCUGCCCCCAUAACUAAUGACACCACUGACUGCUCUGGGCUUGUUAUACACAUCUACCUUUUGUUAGUCCAUUAAAUCUCAUUUCUUUUUCUCCCAUUCAUCCCAUAACUUAUAAUACUGGAUGCACUACAUUUUCUUCUUUCAAAGUGGAAUAUUUUAUACCAAGUGAAAUAAAAACA